AAUAUUUUCAGUAAAUUCAUUCUUGAAAUGCCCGCCCAACCAACAAAAUCCGAAACAGAUGUCAAAGAUGUGGAAAGGUGCCGGAGGCAGCCAGUGGUACCAGAUGGAGGUUGGGGCUGGGUCGUCUGUUUUGCUGCAGCUUGUACUUGUUUUACAGUAAAUGGACUGACAAGCUCUACUGGAAUAUUCCUUAUUGGCCUCAGAAGAAUCUUUGAUGAUCCAAUAUCGAAGCUGUCCUUAAUCGGUGCACUGAUAAGCGGACUUAGCAUGCUUGCAGCUCCAGUUGCCAGUGUUCUGUUGUAUUUCUUUAGUCAUCGGACAGUGAUGAUAUUAUCCGGCUUUAUUGGAUGCACAGGGGCCAUACUGGGAGCAUUUUCUGCCAGUAGUGAUAUGAUGAUAAUAACAUAUGGUCUCAUAUCAGGUUUAUCCACCGGAAUAGCUUUCUUCGCCUGUCAUAUCAUAACGGGACUGUAUUUUGACAAGAAGCGAGCGUUGGCCAUCGGAAUUAUCAACUGUGGUGGAGGGGUUGGGUUAAUGCUUAUGAGCUUGUUUCUUGAGCAUUUCAUAGAACUUUAUGGACUUCGAGGUACCUUGCUUCUUAUAUCGGGGUUGCUUCUUAAUUUCAUCGUUUAUGGAUCGCUUUGCCGACCUUUGCCCUCUACCUACACAGAUGCUAAGAAGACAGCAUAUAUAGACGCGACUAAUCCCAGUUCAGCGAUGGAACUUAGGUCUGCACUACCAGAACCCGAAUACGGAGAAAACGCAAAAAGGAAAGUAAAACUAAACCAGGUUUCGGAUAUAUCUAAUGAAAAUCAGAAUACGGGGAGUCUUCCAGUUGCAGCAGCAGAUAACUUCAUUAAUGAUGUGUCGAUUGUGAAGACCCAGAAAGUCGACAGAAAUUCCAUCCUGAAACUAUGUUCGACUAUAAUUGGUGUUGAACAUUUUAGAAAUAUAAAUUUUGUGUUACUGACGAUGUCCUACACUUUUUGGGUGUUUACCAUGACAACGUACACAUAUAUACCACCCCUGUGCGUUUGGACGUUUGGAAUGAGCGAAAAGCAAGCUGCGAUUUUAAUGUCACUUCUAGGGUUAUUAACAACACUUGGUAAUGUGAUACUCGGAGUAUUAGUCGACAUAUUUCAUAUUAGUAGCAACAAGAUGUACAUCUUCUCCAUGCUGGUACUCACAAUCUGUGUGAUAAUGGUGCCGCACUGUGACAAGUUCGAAUACAUCACUCCUGUGAUUUGCCUGUUUGGACUCGCAAAUGGGUUUUCGGUGUCCCUCCGACUGAUCCUCACCACGGAAAUAUCGGGUUUAGAACACGCGACAAAAGCUUACAGCAUUCUAAGUUUCAUCAAUGGAAUUUCAUAUUUUGCUGCUCCUCCUCUCUUUGGACUGAUUUUCGACACUACAAAUUCAUUUCUGGCAGUUUACUAUGGUGGUGGAGCAUGCGCACUGACUGGUUUACUAUUAUUUUUGAUAAUUGUCUGUCGAAAUACAUUUUACAAGAAACGUUUGAGGAAGUAAAGUUUCCAAAGUGUUUUUAUUACUAGUGUUUCGUGUUUGUAUUUCGUAAAUUAAUUACGGAAGAUCGAGGGCCAAAUAACGACAAAACGUCGGUGUCUGGUGAUCCGCCGACGUCAUUCUAAACAAACUCUGUUCGUUUUAAGACGCAAGUUUCUAAGAGAACUUUCUCUGAGACAAAAUAUUAUAGCUUAAUGUCGUUAUACGUUUGUAUAUACGUUAUAAAUAUUAUUCGUUCGUUAUUUUAAUGAUAUAAGCAAGAAAAAGGUUUGAUACAACGAGAGCGUUUCAGAGUGUUCCUUACACAUGCUAAAAAUAGCUAACAAACAUUCCUCAAAAAAGAUUUUCAGUUUUAUGGCAUGAAAAAAUGUUUUAAAACAUCACCAUUGCUUUUGUAUAAUCACCGUCCCUUCCACAAAUAUUUGAUGUCAGUUUAGGGGUCAUCCGAUAGCGCAGACAUCAACGAAUUUUUCUGUCAAUAGAUACUAAACAUACAAAAUAUGGAAUUCGCUACAACAAUGUUUUCUACAUUCCAACGUGAAAUAUCAAGAGUGAAUCCCGUUCCUUUAGACAUUGUCGGUUCUUCCCGUUUGUAUUGGUUGGUUACUUAUUGUAUGGU